AUGGAGUCAGAAACACUCUAUAAUCAACCAGUUGUGAUUGAUAAUGGAUCGGGUAAUUUGAAGGCUGGUUUUGCAGGAGAGGAUAAACCCAAAGCAUAUGCAUCUGCUAUAAUCGGGCGGCCCAAAUAUCAAAAGAUUAUGGCUGGUUCUUUGAUAUCUUCUGGUGAUGACAACAAGAAUGGAGACGAGACUUUUAUCGGAGACAUCGCACAGCAAAAUAGAGGGUUACUUAGGCUAUCAUAUCCCAUUGAACAUGGGGUUGUCAAUAAUUGGGACGACAUGGAAAAACUAUGGUAUCAUACAUACACACAAGAUUUGAAAACAAAUGCUGAAGAACAUCCUUUAUUGAUAACUGAGGCACCAUUAAACCCACGGAUUAAUAGAGAUAAGAUGUGUCAGAUUCUAUUUGAGCUGUUCAAUGUUCCUUGCAUAUAUGUUUCAAUUCAAGCAGUUUUAUCUUUGUAUGCAUCGGGGCGUACCACAGGGGUCGUCAUUGAUAGUGGAGAUGGAGUAAGUCAUAUCGUUCCCGUGUAUGAAGGGUUUGCGUUACCUACAUCGAUCAAGAGAAUGGACAUCGCAGGAAGAGAUAUCACAGAAAACUUGUCUUUCAAUUUAAGAAGAAUGACGGGUAUUUCAUUGCAUAGUAGCUCAGAAUUGGAAAUUGUACGAUUAAUUAAAGAGAAAUGUUGUUAUAUUUCAAAAGAUCCAAUGAAGGAUGAAGCACUAUAUUCUUCUUCUGCUUAUAAUCAUUACCUUAAUACAAACUCCCAAAAUAUUAAGGAGUCUAAUUUACUUGCAUCAUAUAAACUUCCUGAUGGCCAUACCAUUCAACUAGGUGCUGAAAGAUUCCGGUCCACUGAAAUAUUAUUUAAUCCUCAAUUGAUUGGCGAUGAAUCUCCUGGGUUGCAUGAAUUGGCUUCUCUUGCCAUAGCUAAAACUGACAUGGAUUUAAGGCCCGUGUUGUAUCAGAAUGUUGUCUUAUCAGGUGGAAAUACAUUAUUGAAAAAUUUUGGUGAUAGACUCCUUGUGGAAUUGAAAAACCAACAGUCACAGCAAACUGGUAGUUAUGGCAUUUGGAAUGCCUCCAGAAACACUAAUAACUACGACACAAAAAUGAAAAUAAAAAUACAUGCUCCCCCGGAAAGGAAGUAUUCCACAUGGAUAGGUGGCUCUAUCUUAGCUGGCUUAUCAACGUUCAAAAAGAUGUGGGUUACUUCACUGGAAUAUGCUGAGGAUCCAGAAAUAAUCCACAAAAAGUGUAUGUAG